UUGGAAACCAGGGUGAAGAAUGCGGUGGUUACUGUGCCUGCUUAUUUCAAUGACUCUCAGCGUAAGUCUACCAUAGAUGCUGGAACCAUUGCUGGCCUUAACAUCAUACGGAUAAUCAACGAACCAACUGCUGCAGCUAUUGCAUAUGGUCUUGACCGAAGGAUUAAUUCUGUUGGAGAGAGAAACAUUUUCAUUUUUGAUCUCGGUGGUGGUACUUUUGAUGUUUCUAUUCUAACGAUUAAGGGUAAGAUCUUUGAAGUUAAGGCAACAACUGGAAACACUCACCUUGGAGAAGAGGACAUUGAUAACAGAAUGGUUAACUACUUUGUGGAGAAACUAAAGAAAGAAAAGAAAUUGGACAUUAGUGGAAACGCUAGAGCGUUGAGGAGAUUGAGAAGUGCCUGUGAGAGGGCCAAGAGGACACUGUCACAUGCUGUCAGUGCCACAAUUGAGGUAGAUGGUUUAUCUAAUGGCAUUGACUUUUGUUCUUCAAUCACUCGUGCAAGGUUUGAACAAAUCAACAUGGAGCUCUUUAACCAGUGUAUGGAGACAGUAGAUAGGUGCCUUGCUGAUGCAAAAAUGGAGAAGAGAAGUAUGCAUGAUGUUGUUCUUGUUGGUGGGUCUUCUAGGAUUCCCAAAGUGCAAGAAUUAUUGGAUGAUUUCUUUGAGGGAAAGGUUCUGUGCAAAAGCAUAAACCCUGAUGAAGCUGUAGCCUAUGGUGCUGCUGUGCAGGCUGCUUUGUUGAGUGAAGGUAUUAAGAAUGUUCCAGACGUGGUGUUGCUGGAUGUAACACCGUUAUCACUUGGUAUUAAAACAAAAGGCGAUAUCAUGAGUGUACUGAUUUCAAGGAAUACUACUAUUCCUGUAAAGAGGACACUUCCAUAUUGUACAACUCAUGAUAACCAAUCAUAUGUUCGAAUAAAGGUUUAUGAGGGUGAGAGAAGAAGAGCCAGUGAUAACAAUUUUUUGGGUUCUUUUAAACUUUCUGGCUUUCCUAAAGCUCCUAGGGGCCAUCCUUUUGAUGUGUGCUUUGCCAUAGAUGAAAAUGGUAUACUAUCUGUCUCUGCCAAGGAAAAAACAACUGGCAUCAGCAAUAAGAUCAUCAUAACCAAUGACAUAGAACGACUGCCAACGGAAGAAAUUAAUAGAAUGAUUCAAGAAGCAGAGGUAUACAAAGCUGAAGAUACGAAAUUCCUUAGGAAGGCAAAAACAAUGAAUAAAAUUGAUGACUAUGCUUACAAGAUAAAGAAAGCUUUGGAAAAAGAGAAUUUCAGUUCAAAAGUUUGCUCAGAAGACAGGAAAAAGAUCAGUUCUGCA